UCCUCGAGAAUAGUAAACACCACUGGUUAGCAAGCUGGAACAAGUUAUAAAUUAACAGUGAAUGCGGUUUAAGGUUAAUUUAAUCAUGGAAGACAGUGAACUGGAAAGAAAAGCAGUGGAGGAGCUCCUUAAAGAAGCGAACAGAGCAAAAGCCCGUGUCGAGACAAUGGGUCCUGCUGGAUGGAUGAAAUGUCCCCUGGGAAGCACAAACAAGCGUUUUCUGCUCAACACUCUUCGUUCCUCUGCUCUGAUGCGCCAGCCAGGAAAUCCCCGGACAUCUGAAAGAGGAGAUGAACAUAGGUACAACAGAGCUUGUGAAAAACAUCAUAACACAGACUGUGAAACUUGCAAACACAAAAAAGACCGCUCGCACAAAAGACACCACUCUGAUUCCCAUUCUCACUCUUCAAAACGCCACUCUUCCUCACACAGUCAUUCGUCAUCCAGAAGCCACUCCCCCUCCAUCUCUCGGAUGUCAAAUAGGACUCGAUCUCGCUCACCAGUGAGGGACAGUUCUCCAGAUGUCAAAAAAUACACUGACAAAAGAAAAAAAUGAUGCACCCCUUUGGGGAUUUAUUUAUUUUUAUUUGUUUGCAUAUCAGACUAAAUAGUUACAGCAUCUAAAAUGAAGCCAUUAUUCAAAUGUCAACUUUUUUUUAUUUUGCUGAACAAUAAGUUAAAUUAAAAUUGCAGUAUAAAAUCAAUAUUUUUGACAGACUCUAGUAUGGUUUUUUCCUUUAACCUGGAGCCUUUUCAUACACUCAAAAUAAUAACUCAUUGGAUGAACUCAAUUUAAUUGAGGGCAAGAUUUCCAUCCAAUAAAUUUGUUUAGCACCAACUAAAAAAAAUUAUUUACACAAAUAAAUGCAGUUGAGUUGGUCCAACAUGAUUUUAUCAAAUAAAAGUAUUAAUACAUUUGUAUUCUUAUUUAACUUAAACUCAAAUGUCUGAUAACAUCAUGUAUGUCUAUUAUGUGUUGUGCAUUUCGAAGUCUCUUAGUUUUAUUUAAAGUUAUCCUAAAUGAAUUGAAAGAGCCAUUUUAAGCAUAUUUCAUGAAUUACAUAUACAGUUGAUUAAGACUGAUCUCAGAACUAAUUUUAGGUCAAUUAUUACUCACUGAGCAAAUCAACAAACUGCAUUUUUGCUAAUUAAGCUGCCAACACUCAAAGCAUGGGUGCUUCUGCAAGGUGGUAAUCUCAAAGCAUUACAUGAAAAUCUUCUGAAUCUUCAAACUAAAGUAAAGAAUAAACUCUAACAAGUAUUUCUAUUAACUUUACACACCCAAGAUUACUUUUAUUGUCAAUUCCCUCUCUUAAUUCAAUCUCACGCAUAGCAUGCUGGGAACUACAAAUCCUCUAACCAGGUAGUUGGACCAACACAAUUCCUUCAUGUCGUUCCAACACAAAACGCUUAAGUUAACCUAAUGAUUUACAAAUUUAAGUGGACUGAAUAUAAAACAAAGAAAUUGGCCAAAGAAAUGACAAGAAUUGUGUUGUUUCAGCUCAUUUUAAACCGGUAGUUUAGAAAAGCAGUAGUAAUCAUUUUUUUAGAUUUCUCUGUCUGUCGGUAUAUAAAUAUUUAGAUGGAUGGAUAAAUCGAUUUUAAACGUAAUCAGCAAUAAACGUGAUUACCAUACAGUAAUUACUUCAGCAUAUGUGAGCAAUAUAUUCUACUUUGUCAGUCUUUAAUAUGGAAUAUCUGUUUAAAAUUAACGUUUGUACAAUAAACACGAGUGUCUGUC